AUGGAAGGGUUCGCCGCCGCUGUCUGUUUCCUCGUCUUGUUUGUUUUUGCGAGCAGUUCUGCACCUGUGCAUCCCGCGAGCAUCUCCGGCAUCGCCAGGCUCGUGCCGGCGACCGGAUGCGACACUGGCCACAUAAUGUGGCUGCUUGACGAGCCUAAUCAACCUUAUGAAGAUUGCGAGCAGCUUCUUUGUUUUCGCUACUACAACGGCGAAGAUGACGAGUGCGUGGCGGAGUCCUCUUCCCUUCCGCAUAAAUUCAAAGUCGACCUCAAGAAGUUGCCGCACCGGCUCAAGGAAGGCAUUUCUAGGAAGAGAAGCGGCGACCAGGUGUCUCACUUCUCGUACAACAAUGAAAGCUUCGAAAUGAACUCGGAAAAUACUCACAGGAUUGAACGCGUCGUACCGAGUCAAGAUAUCAAGCAUUUGAGCGAAGAUGUUAAUAAAUGCUCAAUUAGUUCGUUAGAUAGGAGCGGGACUUCGAAUCUCGAACCGACAAAAUGUGAUCCUAGCAAAUCUCUAGUUAAUAAUUUAAGUAAACAACCUCCCUGUGUAAAUAAUGAAUCUCACAAUACGAUAGACUGCAAGCCCACGUCGUCCGGCGUAAAAAAGAAAUGUCCACCACCUGUCGACACUGGGGGCGGUCAGCCGUUAAAUGGUGUUAAGAAAAAAACCAAUUUUAACAUGGGCUUGGAAUCGCCGUCGUCGCCGGAUACGGAAUAUUAUAAAAUCUGGUCACCGCAAAAUCCGUGUAAGAUAAUGAAAUUCGUUUACGAUGUCGAGGGUGCCAAUAUUCCUAGCGAUGCACAGAAAUCACCCGUUCCGCCUUUACCGCCAAGACAGUCUCACAAACCGUUGGAGCGAAUGCACGCCUUACCGCCCGCCGUGCAAAGACAUAGGAAACCUAAAAAAAUCACUAAGCCGGAAGACGCUUUUACAUUUGAACUAAUCGAUACGGACGAACAGUUUUUCACGGAUAAAAAUAUAUCUAUCUCUGCAGGCUUACAGGGGAAUAUAGUAGACUUUAAACCCGGCGAAUUUUAUGCAGGAAAACAGCUUCCAUUAGCGUCAGUAGCGAAUAUCAAAGAAAGCCAAAACGUGGCUCCCCUAGCCACCCCAGAGACUGAAGGCAGCUUGUGUGAAUCCACAUUGUCUAAACUAUCAAAAGUACUCGACGAUAAGAAAUUAAAUACAGUACCUGAAGGCUCGCCUAGUGUAAGUAGGAAAAAUAUAAUGUUUAUAAAAGAUAUAGGACCUGAUAAUUAUAUUACAACCACUUUCGCAAGGAGAGAUAAAGAAAAAGACGUAGUGGACGGAUUUCAUUUAACACCCAAUCACGCUAAAUCGGAAGAGAAAGCUCAGAACACUUUUUUGAAUGAUAUAAGCAAUAGCACCGAUUUUGAAGACGAUAAUCGUAAUCAGGUAGAAGAGAAAGAAAUAACUGUUAAAUCUCACAAGCCUUUGACUAGACAGAACUCGGGUCGGGCGAAUACACCGACUAUGAUGACGGCGUUUCUUAAUUCAUCUCAUAUCGACAGUCCGAGCAGGGAAAGCGAAAGUAAAAGCAACAGUCCAAACGGUCCUAGUUCCUGUAACUCGUCGCAUUCCACUUCUCCCAUCGACGAAGGCUGCAAAGGUAUACCCAACGUUGGAACACUGUUGAUGAAUCGGAAAUAUUCGUGCGAUAGCUCAAUGCCAAAACAUUCAAGCCUCCCGCGACACUUGUUGAAGAACCUCGGCUGUGAAAGUACUCCUAAACAUUCCCCGCACCGCACCAACGAUAGCCCGGUUAGACCUCACCCGAGAGUACUUACUCGGGUGGCAGCGUUAGCCGGAUCAGCAGUGCCGCAAUGUCCGCCGACGCCCACGCAUCACGCUCGUCGGCCACGCCCCCUACCACCCCCUGAUUUACAUCCACCACCCGUACAAAGUGCGGACAACAGGCUCCACGAUACAUUCGAGAUGGUCGAAUUCACAAAUGAAUUGCGAACAUCGGAGAUAAGAUCUCCAAAUUUAGAGUUUAUGAACAGCAAUCACUUUACAAUAGUCCACGCGGGGCCUCCGGAUGACGUGGUCUUGAGGAGGCCCCAACCUGAUGAUGAUAAUGAUGACAACGAUAAUGCUGUGGCGUCGCCGACGCCUCUUCGGCAUAUGGCCGGGAUACGGCUACCAUCUAUACCUGAGAGGGCUUCGCGACAGAUGGCUUUGACAGGAGAUUUUCCCGCUAAUAUGAUUGGUGGGAUAAUUGAAUGCGAGGAACCAUUACCACCCGGAUGGGAAGCUCGUAUGGACAGUCACGGCAGAGUAUUCUAUAUUGACCACAUAAACCGCACGACAACUUGGCAAAGGCCAUCGGCGAACGGAUCAUCGCCGAGAACACCAGCCCCUGAAAUACAGAGACGACAAUUAGAUAGAAGGUAUCAAUCUAUUCGUCGCACUAUGACACGUACUCAAUUGGGUGAAGAGGAGCGCGCGGCCAGUUCGUCACCACCGCCUGCGCCGGCGCCAGCUACCUCCCGCCCCGACCCGCUGCCCCCGCCUGCGCCACAUCCCGCCGCUGAGUUCCUAGCCAGGCCCGACUUCUACUCAAUACUGCAUAUGAACGCUGAAGCCUCCUCUCUCUACAAUUGCAACUCGACCUUAAAACACAUGAUAUCGAAGAUUCGUCGAGACACCUCAUCAUUCGACCGUUAUCAACACAAUCGGGACCUCGUGGCCUUAGUUAAUAUGUUCAGCGAAUCAGAUCGAGACCUACCGUUAGGAUGGGACACGAAACUUGAUAGGAACGGAAAGCGUUUCUUCGUGGACCACGUGAUGCGUCGUACUACGUUCAUCGACCCACGACUGCCGCGUGCCCCACAGGCGGGACCGUUCUCCCCACUUCUGCCUCCGAGGAGACGGCUCAAUCACCACGACCAGGCGCCGACACCACCUCCGCGGCCACCAAUAACCGCAUCAGAUGUUUACACUCACCAAACCCAUCAGGAGAUUCCUGUGGCUUAUAAUGAUAAGGUGGUUGCAUUUCUACGACAACCGAACAUAAUGUCCAUACUACGGGAAAGGUGCGGCGGGUGUAAUAAUUCAUUACGAGACAAAGUGAAUACAGUGCGAGUGGAAGGCGUCAGCGCUUUGGCCCGAUAUCAAAACGAUGUUCAACUCACGUGCCUUCUAAGGUGA